AUGGAGCAGGCGCUCCGAGCACGCAGCCUCACAUCAGCCUCUGCUCGCAGGAAGAAGAUACAAGAACGGGAGAGUGAGCGGGAGCAAACACGAAAAGAAGCCAGGGAAAGAGCACUAGCCUUCACAGAGAUCUCAGACGAAGAUGACACCGGAUCAGUGUCGGAUGAGGAAAUGGUCACUAUUCACAGCCGUGAGGAUUCAGUCGAGACUGUGUCUGAAUACAGUCCUAUGACACCUGACGAAGCCCACCUGGACUCUGGCAAACAGAAACUACAAAUUGUCGUUCCCAAAGACUCAUCCGCUGGGGACGAGCAUGUCCAGCCCCCAGCCAGGGAUACUUCGCCUGGUCCGAAGCUGAAAGCUGCUCUCACAAACUUUGCCGACUUUCACUACGAUCGGUAUUCCAUGAUCAUGGACGCUCCUGUGGAGCUGGUACAGUCACCAACGUCCGAUCCCGAUGAGCUAGAAACGCCUUGUGAGGUUGCCACGCCUGUGUCAUUCCGGCUACCCCAGAUGCGACCUGCGGUCAUCUCAAUCGUCUCGAAUAAUAAACGGCGCCCAUCAUCCGGAUCGUCGUCGUUCAAUCGAUCGCUGUUAAGAUCUGCCACGAUGCCUCCAGAAAUUCCGCUGAAGUCCUCCCGCCGCCUGUCACAGAUGUCGACCAUGUCAACAAACUCGGGGUUUCAAGCUUCGGAAGCAACACCCUUGACGGUGCCCGAGCUACCACGCAAUGCCAUGUAUAUGAUUGAGAACGCCUCACGCAAUUCAAUUGCAUUGAGUGCUAGUGGUGUACCCGUCACUGAGCCAACACGUCCAUCACAAAGCCGGAAAAGCAGUAUGCCCUUGCUCUCGGCAGCAUUCAAGUCAGGCCAUUCUCGGUUCAGCAGUAUCAAAGGUCUGGUGUCUCCCACCAAUACAUCACCAACAUCGUCCAUAUCACAUGCCCGGCCAGAAAGCUUGCUGCGGCACCAAACACGACCUAGCACGAGUUUGUCCAGACCGCGUACUGCAGUUGCGCCUUCCGCCGCUGUGGACGACCUCAGCUUCGAGACAGUGCCUGCUGAUCUCAAUGAUCCAUUACCGCUACCACGCUAUCACAACACGCCCGUCCCUCGACUUCGCACGCAUCUGCGCGAUCCGCCAGCAUAUACAGCAUGA